UUUGCUCCCAAGCAUAUGUAGAAUGUUUUAAUGGAAUCCGCACUGUGACGCCACUUGAAGGAGUACACCGCGGGAUUUGGACAAACUCAUCCUCCGUCGAAAAUGUUCACUGGUCAAAGCUGACAUCUAUCCGAGAAAAAGACGAAGCCGAGGCGCAGAAAGACCUCAAGUCAAUUGGUCUGGCGAACUUCCAAGUUGACGAGGAAGCCAUGAAUCUCACGGAGUUGCCGUGGGACCUCAACCGAACAGAGCAAGAGCAACUUUUAUUCGGGAUCGGCGCGGAUAAUUUCAUCACCCUGGUGGCGUUUUGCCUGAUCUUCGUACUGGGUGUGCUGGGCAACUCCAUGGUGAUCACCGUGCUGGCACGGAGCAAGCCAGGAAAACCACGCAGCACCACAAACAUCUUCAUCCUCAACCUGAGCAUCGCGGACCUGUCCUAUCUGCUCUUUUGCAUCCCCUUCCAGUCUACCAUCUACAUGAUGCACACCUGGGUGCUGGGCGCAUUCAUUUGUAAAUUUAUCCACUAUUUCUUCACGGUGUCCAUGCUGGUCAGCAUCUUCACCCUCUCGGCCAUGUCCGUGGACAGGUACGUGGCCAUCGUACACUCCAGAAAGUCCUCCGCCAUCAGGGUGCCCAAACAUGCCUUGAUCGGCGUGUUGGUCAUUUGGAUUCUCUCUCUGGCCAUGGCAGCGCCCAUCAUGUAUUACCAGAACAUCUUUCACGGGGGAGAAAAUCUCACAUUUUGCUGGGAAGUGUGGCCAGAACAAAACCAGAAAAAAGUCUAUGUGGUGUGCACCUUUGUUUUUGGCUACGUUUUGCCACUGCUGCUCAUCUCUUUUUGCUAUGCAAAGGUUUUAAAACAUUUGCACAAAAAGCUGAGAAAUAUGUCCAGAAAGUCUGAGGCAUCAAAGAAAAAGACAGCUCAGACAGUGUUGGUUGUGGUGGUGGUGUUCUGUCUGUCAUGGCUCCCUCAUCACGUGGUUCACCUUUGGGUAGAGUUUGGGACCUUCCCACUGAACCAGGCUUCCUUUUUGCUCCGGAUUGCUGCCCACUGCCUGGCGUACAGCAACUCAUCUGUCAACCCAGUCAUCUAUGCCUUCCUGUCAGAAAACUUCAGGAAGGCUUAUAAACAAGUGUUCAAAUGCCAGAUUGGCACCGAAGAUGUGCCGUUCAAUGAGAUCAAGGAGGUCCGCAGUAAGGCAGACACACCAACUAACUGCACCAAUGUUUGAUAUUCAAGGUUUGCAUAGAGGUGUAUGACUAAUUUAUGGCAACUUUAAAACUAAAACUGAAUUUAGAGACAGUGAAAGCCCAAAAUUGUAGAUAUUACGUUGCCACGGCUUUUCCACAUAACCGCUGUAAGGUUUAAAUUAUUUGCACAAUGUUUUCAUAUACAAACAUACAUAAUGCUUUCAAAUCUAAUAUGUUCUUGUCUCAACUUUCUCUUUUUGUGAAAUCUUACAUUGAGGAAUGGGCCCCAACAAAUCAAAAUAAUAGUUUAUUUUAGUAAAGAAAUGUUCUUCCUCUAUGAAAACCUGUGCUGGGUAAUAUUGCUCAAUCUAACCAUGAAGACUGCUUAGUUGAUGUCACAGCUACAGUUCGGUCCAGAAGCAUUGGGACAAUGAAUUUUCCUCAUUGAGAUGCUUUAACAGGUCUUCAGUGGAGCCACCAUCACUUGCUGCUUGUUUGUGGGCCUUGGGUCUUCACUUUACUAAGUGAAAAUGAAAAGCAUGCUCGAUUACUGUAGCUUUAGAUCAGGUGACAAAAAAUUCCAGUGAAGAAUAUGCUUUUUUUCCUCCAAAUGUAUUUAUUCUUCGUGUACCAUAUAAUGGUAAACUCACAAAGGCAGCACGGUGAACCUGUGGUUAGGACAUCUGUCUCACCGUUAUGAGGUUUGGGGAUUGAAUCUCAGCUCAGGUCCUCAUGGAGUUUGCAUGUUCUCCCGUGCUUGUGUCAGUUUUCUGCAGGUACUCUGCCUUCCUCCCAUGUUCCAGGUUAAUUGAAGUCUAAAUCAGGGGUCACCAACCUUUUUGAAAUGCAUGUUCUCCCCGUGCCUGCGUGGGUUUUCUCCGGGCACUCUGGUUUCCUCCCACUUCCCAAAAACAUGCAUAGUAGGUUGAUUGAAGACUCUAAAUUGCCCAUAGGUGUGAAUGUGUGCGCGAAUGGUUGUUUGCUUAUAUGUGCCCUGCGAUUGGCUGGCGACCGGUUCAGGGUGUACCCCGCCUCUCGCCCGAAGAUAGCUGGGAUAUCCUUGGAUGGAUAUUCAUCGAGGUGGCAUGGUGGACAACUGGUCAGCACUUCUGCCUCACAGUUCUGAGGACCUGGGUUCAAAUCCGGCCUGUGUGGCGUUUGCAUGCACUCCCCAUGCCUGCGUGGGUUUUCCCCAGGUACUCUGGUUUCCUCCCACAUCCCAAAAACAUGCAUAGUAGGUUAAUUGAAGACUAAAUUGCCCACAGGGCAAAACUUGAUUUCUAGAAAUCAGUGCAAAUAUUUUUUUUAGAAAUGAUCACAACGUUCCUAGGAAAUCACAAUGAUCCAUCGCUGGUGAGCUAUUUUUAGAGCAGGCAUGUGGGCAAAUCAUGUGCUCCUAGGGGGCGACCAGGUGCCCCCAGGCACCAUGUUGGUGACUCCUGCACUUAAUUGUAACAUAGUUGUGAGUGUGAAUGGUUGUUUGUGUCUAUGUGCCAUGCGAUUGACUGGCGACUAGUCAAGACAAGUGGGAUAGAAAAUAAAUAGAUGACAUUCACCACAAAGACCAGUGCCACACCCGCUUCAAAAAUGUCAGAAUCUUGAGGGAUCCAUCAGUUAAAUUCAGCUAUGGACCAAAGAUUUCAAGCCUGGAAAUAUAUGGAAGCCUCCUGCUACUACAGUCCAUAAUACAGUAUUCUGAAAGAUUUGAGAUUUGGCAAAAUUGCUUGCGACACUAGAUGUCUUAUUAGAAUUAUUUUAAUUUCAUGAAAACAAAAUGUUUUACCGUUUAUUUUAUGAGAAAAAAAAUAUGUGGAGUGGGCUGCGACGGAACAAUUUUUGUAACUUGCUGCUGCAGCAUGUACAUGCCAACAGAGCACUGGAAUGUGAUGUAUUGCUUACCUUUAUGUGCUAUUUCCCACUAAAGUCUGGUGAUCUUACAGUCAGGUUUCAGGAGGGAGUAUGUGGCUGUUAUCUAUGGAGAUGAUAAAUAAUCUACUGUAAUUUACAUACAUAAAAUGUGUAUAGAAAAUUGGAGCGCUCAUAUUUUCUUUUUCAGACUGCUUCUAAAAAGGCAUCAUUGUUCAUGCAGUAAAUGCUUGUUAAAUAGGGGUUAUUAUAAAUAUUAAGGACACGGAUAACAAUGUUCGUGUAAUGUCUCACAUUAUUUUGACUUCACUGAGUAAAGCUCUUGGACUUGUAAAGCUCCAGAUAAUUGCUCAGAACCCUUCCUUGUAGCUCUAGUUCCUAAUUAAUCAUGAUUGUGAAAUUGAUUGUAUGUCAUUGUAUAAUAUAUUCCUAUCUAGAAAGACAUGAAGAUUUUAAGUACAUGUAACCUUUUUGUGAUAAUGCCCCUAUUCUAUAAAUACUGUCAAAUCUAAAUAGAGAAAAUAUGUUGGUAGAAAAUCAUGCACACACAAAAGAAUGAUUUUCAGUGGUCUGUUAGUUUGUUUGAUUUUGUUUCACUAUACAGUAGCUGUACAUAUUUUAAUAUAGAUGCAGUUUGUAUGUUCUUUGUUAUGAGCAGCAUUGUUGAUAUGAUGUACACAUUCUUAUCUUUUGCUGCUGUCUGUGCUGCAAGAGAGAGAAGCUUGUUGUUGUAAUAUCGAGGAUUAAUUGUGUCUUUAUGCAGUGUAUGUAUUAAACUCUGUGGUAUUUGCACAAAAAAAACAUUGUUAUUACAAUUUCAUUCUGUGGUUUGAAAUUCCCUUGUUUACUUUGAAUUGAAAUUUUGUUUGCUCAUUCCAUUUAACUGCAUUUCCAUAAAAGGAGGUUUGUCUUCGUUCUCAGUGAAAGCAUGAACUGAUGAUUUAGACUUCCUUUGCUCCCACAAUAAGUUGAGGAAAAUAACAGAGAAGGUUCCCAUCAGUUGGGUUCCACCAAGAGUUUGUUUUGUUGAUCAUAGACCAGUGGAGGGCAUUUCCUGACAUCAUAUAUAUAAUCCCAAGAAACAUUAUGCAAGGCCUAUUUGAGUAGUGUGAAGAUUUCUGAAAGGGAAAAUGUUCU